CAAGGUGAUCGGUGGUAGGGCAAUAAGUACAUCAAUAUAAAAAGAUCACUUACGUUAAGAAUAUCAUUCAGUGCUCAACUUUGCAUCUCGCAAGUCUAUUUGAGACAGUUGAAAGCUUCUUCUGACUAAAAUGACUUUUGUAAAGAUUUUUGCCGGCUGUGCUCUUUUGCUGACCGUAGCAGCUGAGCAUUAUCACGGUUAUAACAAUAACAACUACGGAGCCCACAUACCUAUUCUACGCUACGAAAACGUAAAUAAUGGCGAUGGGAACUACAGAUACAGCUAUGAAACUGGCAACGGUAUCUCAGCUCACGAGAGCGGGUCCCCGCGCGCUCCGGGCCCCGAGGGUCCCGCGGUGACGGCGGAGGGCGGGUUCUCGUACCGCGCGCCCGACGGUCAGCAGAUCUCCCUCUCCUACACCGCCGACGAGAACGGCUUCCACCCCACCGGCUCGCAUAUCCCCACGCCCCCGCCUAUCCCUGAAGCGAUCCUGCGCUCCCUGGAGUUCAACAGGCAGCAUCCAUCGUCUGACAACAGUAAUUACAAUGGUGGAAGGCAUAACAACGGUUACUACUGAAUCAAGGUGCAUCCAGGAAUCAAUAAAAAGAAAAACUUUGGCAUCGAUAAGUGGAUUUUUAGUGAUAUUUUGUUACAGAGCUGUUCAGCAGUGUUAAUUUUAUUUAUUGCUUAUAAUAAUGUUGUAUAUAAUGUACGUUUAAAAAUAAAAUAAGUACAUACAUAAAAUCGUAUUUCAU